UGGACCAGUGGUGUCAAUCAGAUCGGCUUGUUCUUGGUCUGUUUUGAACCGUCAAUUCCAGUGUAAAGGCCGACUGGUAUGGAGAGCUGGUAGGGUUGGCUAAUCUUUGCACUGGAUCGACAUUUAUUGCUGAAAUUCCUCCCUUCUGCUGUUAACAGCCUGCAGAUUUACUGCUCUGAUAUUUACUGACAUUACACGCCCAAGUAGUUUGGACUGGUUUUGUGCAUAUUGCUGUGGAGUCGAUGCGUAAAAUACGCAAAAACGCGUAAAAUUGCGCCGAUCGGACUGGUCAUCUCUGAUUUGAACUGACUUUAUACGUUCCCUAUUCUCUAAUGAUGAAAAAUCGUUAAUAUCAAGCAAACACAAAGCUUUAAUAAUCGGUUAGAAAAAAAAAACUGGGGAAUUAUCUAAUAAACCCACCUAGAGAUCGGACCGAUCGCCUCGGGUGGAUCACAUUUGUUAUUCAUUUUUCCCCCCAAGUUCUCGGCAGAUUAUUCAAAUAUGGGCUUUCACAGUUUAAUCCAAUUGUGUGUAAACAGUGGAAACACAUGCUUUUUGUAUUAGUAAUGAACUGCAAUCAUUCUAAAUAUCCUUUCGGGAUCCAGCGGAUCGAUCUCUGUUGAUCGGGACCGAUUCGAACCAGAUCGCGACUCCAGAUCGAAUUUUUCUCCAGCCAGGCUUCACCACAACAUGGAUCUUUAUUAAACCACUGAUCGCUUCUACAGAUUGAAAACCUUUCGAAAGGAAAACACAUCUGGAAGCUUGAAAAGACCGAAACGAAAGGAUUUAGAGAUCAAGAGGCCAAGUGAAAAAUGGGUUCUGCGACAAAGCUGGCCUUUGGUGUGUUCCUUAUCUCAUGUUCCUCAGGUGCCAUCCUGGGACGCUCAGAGACACGCGAGUGUGUGCUUUACAACUACACCCCAAACUCAGAGCAGCAAGGAAACCGAAGCGGCAUUGAAGCCUGCGUGGGAGAAAAAGACAAGAGACUGCACUGCUUUGCCACAUGGCGCAACAUUUCCGGGAGUAUAGCGGUGGUGAAGCAAGGCUGCUGGCUAGAUGAUGCCAACUGUUAUGACAGCACGGAGUGUGUGGAGAGGAAAGAAGACCCUGACGUUUUCUUCUGCUGCUGCGAAGGCAACAUGUGCAACGAAAAGUUCUUCUACAACCCUGAUCCACAACCCGUACAGAGUAAGGCUCCCAUCACCGACCGAAGCAGCGGGGUCUUUAAGGCCACCUCAAACCCUUUUACCCAGAAGCCGUCGCUGUUUAGCACCCUCCUCUACUCCUUGGUGCCUAUCAUGGGCAUUGCCGCCAUCGCCCUCCUCUCCUUCUGGAUGUACCGGCAUCACAAGCUGGCAUAUCCACCGGUCUUGGUGCCCACACAGGACCCUGGCCCCAUGCCACCAUCACCCAUCCUUGGACAGAAGCCACUGCAGUUACUGGAGGUAAAGGCCCGGGGUCGAUUCGGCUGCGUGUGGAAGGCUCAGCUCCUCAGCGAACACGUGGCCGUCAAGAUCUUUCCCAUUCAGGAUAAGCAGUCUUGGCAGAACGAGUAUGAGAUCUACAACCUGCCUGGCAUGAGACAUGAAAACAUUCUCCACUUCAUCGGUGCUGAGAAAAGAGGAGCUAACCUGGACAUCGACCUGUGGCUUAUCACGGAGUACCAUGAAAAGGGAUCACUGACAGAUUAUCUGAAGGCCAACGUGGUAACAUGGAACGAGCUUUGCCACAUCACCCAGACUAUGGCACGAGGCCUGGCAUACCUCCAUGCCGAUGUUCCUGGCCUCAGGGACGGUCACAAGCCUGCCAUCGCCCACAGGGACAUCAAAAGUAAGAACAUGCUGUUAAAAACUAAUCUGACAACCUGCAUUGCUGAUUUUGGCCUGGCCUUGAGGUUCGAGGCUGGCAAAUCUGCCGGGGACACGCAUGGACAAGUGGGAACGAGGCGCUACAUGGCUCCCGAGGUGCUGGAAGGAGCCAUCAAUUUCCAGCGAGAUGCUUUCCUCAGGAUAGACAUGUAUGCCGUAGGACUUGUGCUGUGGGAACUUGCGUCCCGCUGCACAGCUGCAGACGGCCCAGUGGAUGAGUACAUGCUGCCGUUUGAGGAAGAGGUGGGCCAACACCCUACACUGGAGGACAUGCAGGAGGUGGUGGUGCAUAAAAAGCUAAGACCUACGCUGCGCGAGUGCUGGCACAAACAUUCGGGUCUGAGCAUGCUUUGCGAGACCAUCGAGGAGUGCUGGGAUCACGAGGCGGAGGCUCGUCUAUCAGCAGGCUGCGUGGAGGAGCGCGUGCUUCAGGUGCAGCGCCUCACCAGCGUCUCGGCUCCCGACGACAUCGUCACCGUGGUCACCAUGGUCACCAACGUAGACUUUCCACCCAAAGAGUCUAGCCUAUGACCGGGGGAGAACGCCGUGUGACAUUACGCGGACGGGAGGCCACUUAGCCUCUAGCUGGAAUCUGUCCGGUGAUCGGUCAGUGCAUCCAGUCAGUCGUGUUUAGCAAUGCUGGAUUUAGAUUCAUUGUGCUGGUUUUAUCGACACUACACGGGAGCGUAGACCGGACGUCCCACGCCAGGACCUCGGGCGACACUUUCGGAUCAUCGCAAAUGAAGCCGUUUCAGUUCUUUCUUUCCAUCUGAACGAUAGAGAACUUUUUUUUUUUUUGGUAAAUAAGAGAAAAAAAGCAGACUGCUUUUGUUUCCGUGUAUAGAAAAGAGCCGCCAUGCUUUCGUUCACCGUGUUGCAAUGCGAAUACAAAACAGCUUCUGAAUGUCUGGUGUGUCACAGCUGAAUAUUCAACCCAGAGGGUGAGAAAACUUUCAGUCGGAGCUUUUAUAUCUCCAAUUUUUUCCUCCCAGCGUUUCUGUCAAACGACUACGAACCUCUUUCGACAAGGUAUACCUCAGUUUCUCAUCCUAAUAACGAGUUUGUUUUGUAACACUAUGAAAAGAAAGAGAAAAAACGAACGAUACGAACCUUUGUGUUGACCUACGCUGGGCACAGGAGCUUUUUAAUACGGGGGGAAAAAAAACCGUUUUUAAUCACUAUAUGCCAAGAAAAUAUGGCCAUUCAUAAACCAGUGUUUUUUCCGCCUUCGUUCUAUUAGCUAAAAUCGUUUCUGUGAUGCCCUGCUGUUUAAAAUGUGAUGGUUUUCUGAACAUUGUGACAAACUGAUUGUAAAGCAUUUUUAGACCUUUAUCAAGACCUGUUGAGAAGAAAAUCCCUGCAAUAUAUGAAUUCUGUGAAAAUAUGAAAGCACUUAGCAGUAUAGGUUUUGCAGUGUCCUCAGAGCAAUUGACAUAUGUGCAUGCCUUGUAUUUCUUUUCUCUUGUGCGUAAAAACUUGAGCAGUCAUCAAA